AUGGCGCCUUUCCCGUCGCGUCGGUCGUCGUCGGCGUCGAUCCUGCCCACCUCGAUCGCGCACCACCCGCAGCCCGCGCCACAGCCGAGCGGUACGACGUCGUACCCACCCGCCCACGGCGCCCACGACGGAUCAUCCUCGUCGCCGCACGAUGGACCAGCUUCGACAACGCCUCGCGUCUCGUCACCCGCGCCUUCGACGUCCGGCCUGACGCCGAAGCAGCUCUAUGGAGGCGUCGACGAGCCCCAAGCGGGCCUGCUCCAUGGCCCCGGCCGAAGCUACGACUCGAAAAGGGCCGUGCGACAACUGCUCGAGGUCAGUCGGGAUCGUUUAUCCAUGGCUUACGUUCUUGUCCUCCGUUGUGGAUGCACGUCCUGCUCGUGAUGCAUUCCCGUCGACCGCGGGGUCGGUCAUUCUGUGUCCCGACGUGGGCGCGUCAUCGUCGUCAACCGCGCUCGCGCUCGCUGUCGAGAGGGCUGCGCAGCUUGUCACACCUUUUGGCGGCCACCAUCCGCAUCGAGACGUCGAGCAGUCUGGAUAGGGGGCUUACGGUGCGCAAUGCAACCCUCCACUCGGUCGAGGUGGUUGACAUCGCCCACCUGCGGCCGUCGUGUGUGUUUCGGUGCGACCGACCACAAACUGCCACGACACAGCGGUCGCACGCGGGGGCGGUGCUCCGUCGAGCGCACCAACUCACAUCGAAAGCCGAUUCCAGGUUUUAGACUAUGGCUUUCGGUGCGUCAAAUCGGAUCGCGGUGUGGUUUGCAUCGGUGACGAGGCGGUUCGUCUGCCGCGCCCGGCCCUCGGGCCGACUGUAUCUUUCUCUUUCUUGCCGUGGCUUUGGCGCCUUCCAAUGGAGAUCCGACUGUGGCCGCCAGCGUUGCUAUGGUAGCUUUCUGCCCUCGCCGCUUGGCGAUGGAUCUCAACCAGCUCCCCACUUCUGCUCGUGCUGCGCUCGGGUUGACGUUGCUCAUUGAAUGAACUCACACGUCAUUUUUCAACAAUCACUGUAGGAGAACCACAUCACGUACGUCGACUUUGUCAGAAGCUCACUCGCUGGAACAUCGUUGACGUUUCCUCAUAACUUGCCCGCCCACAGCAAGCACACUUACUUCAACGACGACGGCUUCCACAACCAUGCCGCCCAUCAUCUGCUCGCUUCCUACUCGCUCGGUGCUCCCGCCUCGCUGCUCAAAAACAUCUGGGAGGUCCACUUGAUCGAGGGUACCAAGCCAAUGCUGCCGCUCCAUCCGAUCGGAUUGACCGAAGCGAACUGGACCAAGCAUUUAGGGAAUGAAAAGUAAGCGCUUUUUGGGGGCUUCGGGGCUUUGGGCUGACGUCUAGGCGAAAUUAGCCGGCGUCGAGAGGCUGAGCAAUGGACCCUCACCACUAUCAGGUUUUACCCGAACUAUCUCGCCUUUUUCAUGCGCCAAAUCAAGGAGAUUCCCCUCGCCACGAGCCAGUAUGCGGAGAGGAAAAGCAGUGUCAUCCCCGUGCUUGAACGCUACCUCCUCGGUGGGCAGGGUCAGAUGCUCGUACGGUGCGUUGCGUGCCAUCAUUGCUGUCAUCAAGAACAGUAGAACGAGUAUCCUGACAUGCGUCAUGUUUGGGCGACCUUGCAUAGAGCGGUCAGUGGAGCUUUGCAUGGAUUGAUCAACAUUGGCUACGGUGUCGAGUUCGGUCUGGACGCUUUGGUUGCAGAAGGUUCGUUAUGCUGGACAGUUCAGACUUCUGAUUCUUGUCUUGUCUGCUCGGCUCAUUUUCGCCCGUUCCUGCCCGUGAAAAGGUCUGGCCCAGUCCGCGGUCACGUCGCCUCAAGUCUCGCCGCUCUUCGAUGCGGCCUGGCCGCCACCACCGCGCACCCAAACGGCGAUGCAGUUCACGCUCUCGUCGGCCCUGUCCUCGUUCAAGCUCGGCAGCGGCUCGUUUGGGACGAUGCCCAUCGCUUCACCCUCCGACUCGUUCGUCCAGACCGCUGCUCGAUUACCCCGAGAACGUCGAGUGCCCCGAGAGGGCCUGGCCGGCUUCACGAUCCUCGAGAGGAUUCUUCACGACGCCCGUCUUGCUCCCGAUGUCGCGGUCUUUGAGAAGGACUUCCCCAAAUUGGGCAACUUGCUCAAACGCCGCGCGGACAUUAUCAUCGAGUGGUGCGACGAGUGGAAGUUUAGCUGCGACGUGAGCCCGGAUUACGGGGAGGAGCAUCAAGCCAAACGCAAAGAAGGGACGCCGCUCAAGACGCCGAACUGGGAAGAGGUGGUCGAAAAGUGCGAAGAGUUGAUAUGGAUGGCUACGGUGAGUCGAAGUUGUGCAUCAUCGGUAACUUUCUUGUGAUCGCCGUUUCUGACAAAAUCUGGCGGGCUAUAUUGCGCGCCCAGGUGCUUUACGCUUCGAGCACGAGACCAGGAUAUGCGUGCAAGCCCAAGAUGGACUUUUUCAUCAUGCACGGCCUUACUUCGGUCUUGUUCCUGCCAGCGAUCCUCGAAGUCGUUUCUCCCCAUUUGCGCCCCUACAUCCUCCACACCCACUUCCGCAUGAUUGUCAGCUACUGGAUCUCGCGAGGACGGUGAGUGCUGCUAUGGGGCGCAAGCCGAGACAUAUCGCUGUGGAGACUGAUGUUGGCUCCGUCUCCUGACUUUACUGAUGACUGCAGACCGAAUUUAUGGAUCAAAGAAACCCUCAUGGCCGCACCCUUGUACCCGAUGCCCCCGGACGCCUCCUCCCCGUCGACGAGCGCCGUAGCGCGCUACCUCGCUAGUCUACACGCUAGAAAAGAAGGCGAGUCGGGCCCCGAUGGGGUGCCCAAGACGCCGCAGGUCGAUGCGAACGGGAGACUGCGACUUGAGGAGGAAUUGGCUGAGGCGACGGAGACGCCGCUGGAUCUGCUCGGGGGUGGGAAUCCUUGGUCGACCGUGCUCGCCAGCGCCGUGGACCAUCCCGAUGACCACGUCGCCAAGGUCAUUCGCUCGCUCGCCUUUGCGGCGACCCAUUUUGGGCAAUCCCCGGCCGGGUUCUACCAAGCCUCGUUGCCUGGAACCGAAGUCAUGGACGGGAGCAUCUUCAUCCGCGCCGCUGGUAUGACGUUGCAAGCGAUGGGAUGGUGUCACGAAGGUGAAUCUCCCGGCUCGUGGGAUCGAUCUGCGCUCGGCUUCGAGUCAGCAUGGGAGAAUGAACCCCGUAUUCCCGGUUACGACUUGCCCGCGUCUCGUUCAUCAUCGUCGUCGUUCAAGGGCAAGCAGAAACCCAAACGACCCGAGGACCAAGAAGAGGACGAUUUCGUCGGCACACCGGGAUCUCGCUCGCGCACCAACUCGCCGCCUCAUUUCGGCCAAGGCCUUGGUUUCGACCCUGUGAUGCCGGCCUCGCCGGCUCGAGCGGUGUGGGCCUCGAGUUCGAGACCCGGUUCGGGCACUUCAACCCCCAGGGACGGCAGGAUGCAGACCCCGAUCCUCUCCGAAGGCGUACUGGAAACGAGGUUGAUGGUCGGUCGUGGUGACGAGGCCGAACGGGAGGAAGAGAUGAGAAGGAGAAGGGACGCAGAGGAGGAUGAGGAUCGAGAGUUGAUGGCUUGA